AUUUAAUUUGCUUUUAAUACUUAAUUGGAUGUCAAUUCCCUUGUUGUCGCCGAGUCUCUAAUCAGCUAUCGAAUCAAUCGAUAUGCGACUCAGUCCUCGUUGUCUUUUACGGCUCUCAAGCAGGUACAAUUUGGUGGAGACGCCAUGUCCAGCACCAUCGAUCCAAACACCAUCAACGAUGUGUGAGUGCCAAUAUCCAAAGGAUAAACCAAUUGACCUGGAAAAGCCUCUUUACGGUACAAAAGCCAUCAGCUGGAAGCAUGCACUUGUGUACUCUGAUACGUUGGCUUCUCAUUGGAAGUCAAAAGUCGAGCUAAUGCCUGAUGAGCUCAUUUCGAGGUUGGCUGCGACGAAGAGAUCAUCUACUGAUCCAAUGCAUCCUGUGCUCAUCUCAAACGUUCAAUUGGAAAGGGAAAGUGAAGGGACCGUGCUGGUGUUCCCAGACGCAAAGGUAUACGAUGUUUCAAGCUCAAAUGCAAGUGAAUUUAUGAAGCAAGUUCUGAAUCCCAAUGGAGACCCUUCACAGAUCCCAAGCCAACCGUUCCAGGGUAAACUAGUAUUGAUCUGUGGACAUGAACAAAGAGAUAUUCGUUGUGGAUUGAUUGCACCAAUACUACACAAUGAGUUUAGAGAAAACCUCAAACAAAGAGGAUUACUGUAUAAUCCGAUUGACAAUGCGCAUGGUGUGAGGGUUGGCCUAGUGAGCCACAUCGGAGGACACGCGUACGCUGGAAAUGUAUUGUAUUUUGACGAAGAUGGGCUCACAAUUUGGUAUGGUAGAUGUGAAGCACGACAUGUUGAUGGAAUCAUCCAAGAAACCAUCAUUAAUAAGAAUAUCAUAAAGGAAAUGUUUAGAGGAAGGUUUUCAUAGACGUUUAACAUACCGAAUUAUACUGCUAUAUUCUUUACACCAUCACUCUAUGUUAGAGAGAUCCAAGUCUAACAUCGUACACCCUUCUAGAAAUCUCCUCUUUCUUUCUUCCAGUUUCUGAAAUUACAAGAUCUUGUGAAUUGGAGUCCAGAGUAUCAAACAGCUCGAGUAAGUCACCAUCGAUGACGUUCUUAACAGGUGCAUAGUAACCCCUAUACUUCAGAUGCAUUCUUCCAGUUGGAAGUUCCAAUGAAUCUCUCAUAGCCUUCUCU